CCUUGGAUCCAUAUUACCUUGUUAGCAGGUUGCAAGCUAGCUGAAUACGGGCGGUACAGUUUUGCGGCUCUGACGGGGAUGUCCCACCUUUAUUAACACAGGCUGAAGACUCUGUGGGUUUGUAUCGGCUCGACACAAGAGGGAAUCACUUCCAGACUUUGGCGAAAUGACGACGCGGUCGGAGCGAGAAAAAGCCCAGAAACUGAAUGAGCAGCAUCAGGUCAUCCUGUCUCAAAUGCUGAGGGAAACAGACAACAAGUACUGUGCUGACUGUGAGGCGAAAGGUCCUCGAUGGGCGUCAUGGAACCUCGGGGUGUUCAUGUGCAUCCGCUGUGCCGGCAUCCACCGUAACCUGGGUGUCCACAUCUCCAGAGUCAAAUCUGUCAAUCUGGACCAGUGGACACCUGAGCAGAUCCAGAGCAUGGUGGACAUGGGCAACAACAGGGCCAAACGGCUGUAUGAAGACCACCUACCGGAGAACUUCAGACGGCCACAGACAGACCAAGCAGUGGAGGUCUUCAUCCGGGACAAGUAUGAGAGGAAAAAGUACUACAACAAGGAGGCCCUGGCUGCAGCUCCAGCGAAGUCCUCCGAAGCCGCUCCUCCCACCAACGCCUCGCCGUCCUCCCAGGCUGACAGGAGCAGACAGGAGAAGGAGAGUGAAAAGAAAAAAGGGGAGAAGAAGAAAGAGAAAGACGUUGAUAAAGUGGAGAGACUCAACAACACAAAGCAGUCAGAGUGUAAAGCCGGUCCUAAGGAAAGCGCAGAGCCGGCCGUGGACCUGCUAGGCCUGGAUGCUCCAGAGGGGGAUGGCUCAGGUAGUGCUGCACCAAUCAGCGAUGAACUGGACAUCUUUGGACCAAUGGUCUCCAACCCUCUCCCCUCUUCCAACAGCACACAGCAGUCCGGCUCUGGUACAGCACCUUCCCAGGCAGACCCCUCCACCUCCUCCUCUGCCUCCUCCUCUACCUCCACUACCACCACCACCAAGGCGGAGGAGAAGAAGAAGCUGCUAUCUAAGGACUCCAUCCUGUCUCUGUACGCCAGCAGCUCAGUGGCCACUCAGCCGCAGAGCCAGCUACAGCCUGCUGCAGGAAUGUACGUGGGCCAGCCUCAGAUGCAGUUCACCCCGCAGGGUUUCGGGGCCGGAGCCGUACCACCCACCACCAGCACCACCAUGAUGGGCGGAGGGGCCGGGAUGUCCGGGAUGUCCGGCGUGGCUCUGCCCAACGGCGGCUACGUGGGCAUGCAGCAGCAGAGCGGGAUGCCAGCCAACCAAGGGCAGAACAUGUAUGGCAUGCAGCAAGGACAGUGGAGCAUGAGCCAGAUGACCCAGCAGAUGUCAGGCAUGGCUGUGAGUGGUGGCCAGUCAGGGGCCCCCGCGGCCGGCUGGCCCGCGGCUCCCCCGCCGGCUUCCGGCCAGACCCUCAGCACUCAGCUGUGGAAGUGAUGAGCAGGAGGUCCGGAGGAGGAGGAGGAGUUAAGGGGGGGGGGCUGGCUGUCAUAUGGCAACAAAAACAGCCAGAAAUUCACUCCUCACCCACCCAGCUCCAAAUAAAGAACGCACAACGGGGGUAGUUUGACUGCCUUCAAUGCCCCCCCCCCCCAACUCCCCGAAAAAAGAAAAAAAAAAAAAACUACCCACUAUGAUUAUUCAAAUAAGACAAGAUGACAUCACACUGGAUGGAGUGGGGGAAAUAAGAAAGUCUGCCAGCUGUCGCGUCCCGCCUUUCAUUUAGCUUCCUUUUCUUUGUUGUCGUUGUCUGAUGAAAGCAACAAAAACAGCAGAAUUUGCAAGAAAAGAAGACUUCUGGACCGAUAACUCCAAGAGUCUAUUAUAGUAAUAUGGUAUCCUUACCAAAAUGGAUAGUUAGUGAAUAGUCUUUCUAUACUUACAGUAGAUAUGGCUUGUGGUUGGUCCCUCCCUCUGCUGUGUAUAUUGUAACCCCUCCACCCCUCUGUAGGGCAGAUCGUCGUCUGAACAGUACUGUAUUUAUGUGAUUAUGAUGUGAACCUCCCGCUGUAUUCAGAGCCAUAGAAGGGAGGUUGAUGCCUCCGCCUCUCAAUACUUUGAGUUUUUUCCGGGUUACUUUAAGGUGUCCUGUGGUGUUUACAGUAGCAUUGCUAAAACUGGGUUUAAAGUUGCUUAUGGUGGAUGUCAUUUUGGUGGAUGUAAUCACGUAAUUUGACCAGUUUCAUACAAAGAAUUUGAAAACAUUCAACAGUCAAACAGUGUCUCGUUACAACAAGUUUUUUUUUUUUUCUCCAACAGCGUCCAGUGGUCCACCUAUCUGCUCAACUGUAGAAUUAUAUAUAACUUAAAGUCUACAUUUGAAAGAUAGUUAAAUAACUGCACCACCCACAGGGUUGUCAUUGUUAUAAACCUAUAUAAGUCAGCCCAUGCAACGACUUAAGUGAAAAGGUUACCAAUGUUAAUGAUACAAUCUCAUGUCUGUCUGCUUGGUAAUGAGCUGUAGCCAAAAGGUGAUUAGCCUAGCCUAGCUUCAAAAUUAAAAGCAGGGGGAAACGGCUAGCCUGGCUCCAUCAAAGGUUUUAAAACAAAUCUGCAAAGUACCAGAACCUCAAAGCUCAUUAAGUGACUGAAAAUACCUUUUUUUUUUGUGAAUGCCGCAAUAACUGUUUCACAGUGUAGACAUUUGAGACACAGUGUAACAACAAGUACUCAAAUUAAUAAAAAAAAUUGCCAAGCUGUAGUUGAAAGAAAAGAGUCAAAAGCUGAAAAAGGUUUGGAACCCAUAAUAAAUAUUUACACUACUCCGGCUGUAUCACCAGUAUCAGUACAUUUAUAUGCAGAUGAUUCAAUGCUGUUUGUCCUACUGCGCACUGGUUGAAAACAAUCCAAGCUGAUCCUUUAAGUGAUUGCUGGGCACCCCUUGGUCCCAGCUGGGUGUCUUUGAUGGCCACCCUGUGGUGUGUUCAAAAAAUAACGAGCUGUUUUUAAUAAAAGCUGGACUCCGACCCAGUGAAGACUUUCAUUGUUGCUCCCCAACGCAUAUUGAUGCGCUACAGGAAUUGCGGCAGUUUGUCUUUACUGCACUUAAAUAGCAGAGUAGGUAAUACUGUACCUCCGGCUGCGUCGUGGUUUCUUUGGUCAUGUCGUUGUCAUGGGAACGGCAGAGUCGAGUGAACUGUCGGAUCACUUCAAACUGCUGGGGAGGACUUCUAUGAUCUUUAUUUUCUUUAAAAAUAAAAAAAAUGGACCAAUGUUGCUCCCCUCAUGUUUGACACUGUAACUGUAUAUUCUGCCAUCCACCAUCUUUGUUGUGGUGUUUUGUUGUGUGCAGUACAAUAGAAGCACAGUUAUUCUGAAGCAAAUAAACCUGGGAGAACAAUCAGAGGGCUAGACGAUGGGAUGGGAAACAGGACUGGACAGCGCUAGCAAAAGGGGACCUGUAUGAAAAACCCUGGAUGGGUCCCAUAACCACUGUCCAGUCCUUGUUUGUUGGGAGUAAGAACAGAGGAGCAAGAGCAGAAGUGGAUAAACAUACUAUACUAGUUUGAUCAGAAGUAUCCAUACAUGUCGAUACUGAAUAUUUGAAACGGUUUCAAUACUCAUUAUAAACAGUAUCGAUACACAUGUUCAAGCUGUUCUCUCUUGUCUCCAAAAGCGGGUUAACACACACACACACACACACACACACACACACACACACACUGCUAUUUAUCUUUUAAUAAAGAUCUCAGAUUAUA